GGACGUUGGUAAACUCGUCUGUGUAUCAUUUCUUUCUAGUUUCUUCUUUAUUUUGAUUACCUCGAAAUCUCCCUUCAAGUUUCCAUUGGUGUCUCUGGCUUUAGAAGCUAGUGUAGUUUUGUAAGCAUUACCGCAUCCCAAUGACAAUCACAGCAACGCCCUGUGUCAAAGAUGGCUGCCUCUUGGUCAGGGGCAAGGUGGUGCUGACUAAGGUUCCGAAGAACAUAAUCGUUUCUCAGGGAAGUCGUGGAUCCGCUUUUCUGGGUGCGACUUCAGGAAUUCCCAGUUCUCGCCAUGUUUUCACUCUUGGGGUUCUGGAGGGAUACAAGCUUUUGUGUCUCUUUAGAUUCAAAAUAUGGUGGAUGAUACCGCGAUAUGGGGAAUCUGGUAGUGAAAUUCCCAUGGAGACUCAAAUGCUUCUUUUGGAAGUAAGAGAAGAGUCUGCUGUGGAUGAUGGAAUUUCUUCUGAUCCAGCCACUGAAAACACGUUCUAUAUCCUCUUCUUGCCUGUCUUGGAUGGAGAAUUUCGAACAAGUUUGCAAGGGACUUCUGCAAAUGAGCUCCAGUUUUGUGUGGAAAGUGGUGAUGCCAAUGUCCAGACCUCACAAAUAUUGGAGCCAGUGUUCAUAAAUUCAGGGGACAAUCCAUUUGAGCUCAUCAAGAACUCCAUCAAGAUAUUGGAGAAGCACAAGGGCACUUUUAGUCACAUUGAAAACAAGAAGAUCCCUGCACAUUUGGACUGGUUUGGGUGGUGCACUUGGGAUGCCUUUUACACUGAAGUCAAUCCUCAGGGCAUCAAAGAGGGUCUUCAAAGUUUCUCGGAUGGAGGCUGUUCCCCAAAAUUCCUAGUCAUUGACGAUGGAUGGCAAGAUACAGUAAAUGAGUUCCGCAAAGAGGGAGAACCACUUAUUGAAGGGACACAAUUUGCAACUAGAUUAGUAGAUAUCAAAGAAAACAGUAAGUUCAAGAGUUCAGGAUCAGAUGCUGGGUGCGAUGGUCUUCAUGAGUUCAUUGACACAAUCAAAGGAAAAUAUGGAUUGAAGUAUGUCUAUGUCUGGCAUGCUUUAGCAGGCUAUUGGGGAGGUGUCCUCCCAUCAUCUGAAACAAUGAAAAAGUACAAUCCGAAGAUUGUUUACCCAGUUCAGUCACCUGGUAUCAUAGGGAAUCUGAGAGACAUUAUCCCGGACAGCCUGGAGAAGUAUGGAGUAGGGAUCAUUGACCCACAGAAAAUAUUUGAUUUCUAUAAUGAUCUCCAUAGCUAUCUCUCCAGCAGUGGUGUAGAUGGUGUCAAGGUCGAUGCCCAGAAUUUGAUAGAAACCUUAGGUUCUGGAUUUGGUGGACGGGUGUCGUUGACUAGACAGUAUCAACAAGCACUUGAACAAUCUGUUUCAAGAAAUUUCAGAGAUAAUAACCUAAUCUGUUGCAUGAGUCACAAUUCAGACUCAAUUUACAGUUCAAAAAAGAGUGUGGUUGCAAGAGCAUCAGAAGAUUUCAUGCCACGAGAGCCAACAUUUCAAACCUUACAUAUUGCUUCUGUUGCCUUUAACAGUCUACUUCUUGGGGAGAUUGUGGUGCCAGACUGGGACAUGUUCCAUAGCAAACAUGAUACAGCUGAGUUCCAUGGUGCUGCAAGGUCAAUAGGUGGGUGUGCAGUAUAUGUAAGUGACAAGCCAGAGAAUCAUGAUUUUGAAAUCCUUAGGAGGCUGGUGUUGCCUGAUGGGUCUAUACUAAGAGCUAGACACGCUGGCCGUCCUACUCGAGAUUGUUUAUUCAGAGACCCUGUCAUGGAUGGGAAAAGUCUUCUCAAGAUAUGGAACUUGAAUAAAUUAUCUGGAGUCAUAGGUGUUUUCAACUGCCAAGGAGCAGGAAGUUGGCCAAUGAAACAAGCAACUGAAGACCUGACAAGCACACCUUCAUCCAUUUCAGGCAACAUGAGUCCCUGUGAUGUUGAGUUCAUUGAAGAGGUAGCAGGGGAAAAUUGGAAUGGAGAUUGUGCAGUGUAUGCCUUCACUUCAGGAUCUCUAUCCAAAUUGCCAAAGAAGGGAAAUAUUAAAGUGUCAUUGGCCACUCUUAAAUGUGAAAUAUAUACCGUCUCCCCAAUUAGGGUUUUUGGUCAGGAUGUUCGUUUUGCUCCCAUAGGAUUGCUUGACAUGUACAAUUCAGGAGGAGCAGUGGAAGCUAUGGAUUGCACAAUGAAUCUUUCGGGAUGCAUAAUAAAAAUCAAAGGACGAGGCUGUGGCAGAUUUGGAACCUACUCAAGUGCAAAGCCAAGGUCUUGUACGGUUGACAUGAAGGAAGUGGAAUUCAUCUAUAAUACUGAGAAUGGAUUACUGACAGUUGAUCUGCAAGGUGAUUGCAACUUGAGAACUAUGGAGUUCGUAUUUUGAGUUAUCAGUUAUCAUGUCAGGUGACAAGCAUUCAUGGAGGAACCAUGGAGGUGUUGUAUGUCGACUUGAGUUUUGCAUUGGAGAAGCAUGCUCUGAUUCUUUUCAGCAGCUAAGCAGGAGAUUCUUUAUAAAUGAUUCAUUUGUGAGCAUUAGGAGAUGUAAAUAAUUGUAUUUCAUUCUUUAUGUAUGAGAAAGUCAUUAAUUUUCAUGUCAUUGAACCAAAGAUGACUUCAAAGGUCAGUACAAGAUAUAUCUUAAUCUUUGCAUCA